AUGGAGCGGCUUGGACUCAUUGAAGGAAUUGUCCCUAGACAAAUUGCAGAUUCGAUGAGGGUUAUGUUUGGACUGAGUCUUAACUAUACAACAUCAUACAAGGCUAUGAAAUUUUCUCAACUAUUUGUGAGGGGAAGUCCAGAAGAUGGAUAUGCGAACGUGCCUUCUUACCUUAGAAGACUCAAGCAAGUAAACCCUGGCACUAUAACACACCUACUGUGUGAUAAGGAGGAUCGUUUCAAGUACUGUUUUGUGGUGUUAGAGGCUUCAACCGUGGGGUUUCAGUAUUUGAGGAGGGUUACUGUGGUUGAUGGUACACACCUUACUGAGAAAUACGGAGGAAUAUUGCUGGUGGCAGCUGGACAAGACGCAAACUUUCAGGUUUUUCCUUUAGCGUAUGAUGUAGUUGUUGAUGCUGAAAAUAAUGAGGCUUGGGGAUGGUUUUUCGAGAAAUUGCAGACUUGUUUUGCUCCUCAUCCCAUGGGAAAUAUGUUACUAUCAUCUUCAACAAAAUAUUAUGAAAAAGGCGCUAAGGAGCUUAUGUAUUUGGUCAAAGGAGCUGCUUAUGCCCACACCCUUGCUGAAUAUAACCGGUGCAUGGACUCACUCAGAGCUGCGCAUCCAGAACUCGCAACGUCAAUGGAGUUGGCUGACCCUAAGCUUUGGUCUAGAGUUAAUUUUCCCGGUGAUAGUUACAACAUCAAGAUGACUCUUGCUGAUGCUGGCGUGCACGUCUCACACUAUACUUGUUCAACGUACUUCAAGGAUUCCUUGUAUGUGACGUAUGCAAACCCUGUAUAUCCUGAAGAGGAAAUUGACAACCAGCCAAAGAGCGAGUGGUGCCGGCCACCAAUCCUGAAGAAUGGGCCUGGUCGUAAGAAGAAAUCAAUAUGGCAGUCAUGGCUGGAAAUGUCAAGGAAGAAAGGCAAGAGAGAUAGGAAGAUGAACAAAGUUUACAGCUGCUCCAAUUGCAAGCAACCAGGACAUACUCGCUCGUACUGCGUGUCCAAGCCUGCUGAGAACUGA